AUGAGCUUGUCCGCCGUUGAACCAAACGUUCAAGAAGGCAUCGAAUACUGGAACACCCAACCAGCAAGUCUCGAUGGUGUGCUUGGAGGAUAUGGAUCGGGGUCUCUUCCGAGGAUAGACUCACUCGGCUCCAGGCUUUUCUUGCUUAAUCUGUUCCCCCAAUUAUCCACGAUUCCUUCUGCGUUUCGUCCUCUUGAUGCACCGUCCGAUCCACCGAGGACGCGUGCAUUGGACGUAGGCGCUGGCAUCGGACGCGUAACGGCGGAUGUGCUUCUCCACCUGGUCUCGGACGUGACGAUCCUUGAGCCCGUGGAACCUUUCGUGCAGGAGGCACUAUCGCGCGCACGACGUAGUGCUGCAGAUCCAUCGAGCAAGGACGCGUGGCGAGGACUUGCAGACGGGUCUAAAAGCGUAACUCUUCUCCAAGGAACACUGCAAGACUUCCAUCCCCUUCAGCCGCACCAUGCGCGUUUCCUCGAUCGCGUAGGAUAUCAGCCCCCUCGCCCUGAUGAUGAGGUCGGACAGGGAUUCGACGUCAUAUGGUGUCAAUGGUGUUUGGGACAUUUAUCGAACGUUGAUCUUGUGGCUUUUUUGAAAAGGAGCCAUGAAUCGUUAAAAAAGCACCCUAAAGCGCUUAUUGUGGUCAAGGAGAAUAUUUGUUCAGACAAGCCCGAUGGAUCCGCGCAGGAGGUAUUUGAUGAACAAGAUUCUAGCUUGACAAGGUCGGACGCGGCAUGGAAGGCGAUCUUCGAGCAGGCCGGUCUCCGACUAGUGAAGGAGAAAGUACAGGAAGGCCUGCCCGAUGAACUUUUUGUGGUAAAAAUGUGGGUCAUAAUUUCAAUCUCUAAAUUCAUGUCGUAA